GUUAAGGUUACCUGUUUUCUGAAAAAAUCAAAUCUGUACAUUAUGAGACAGAGAGAACAUAUUAUGUAUCUAUACAUUUUCCAUUGCAAUCAAUUGUCCCUGCAAUAUCUUUAUAUCGCGUUUUAUAAAUAUGACAAGGUGUCAUUGACUUGCUUAUCGGUUUAAGUUUGCUACUUGGUCCUUAGAUACUUGUGAGUUUUAUAUGCUGUUGAUGCAAAAGCCUAUUUUGUCCCAUGUUCUGUUUGUACAAAAGUCAGCUCUUAUCAUUUUUUUAAAAAGGCACGUUCUCAGGUGAAUUAUUGUUAAAGUUAGCCGAAAGAAAAUGUGGCAUUAUAUUUAGACGUGCCUUAAGGGUUAUCUAACUAAACAAAGAAGGCAGGAGAACGUGGAAAUCACUAUCAAGAAGUUGAUGAGUAUGCUGACUGCUGAGCACGUCCUUACUUACCUGCGAGUCUUCUUCCUCCUUUUAAGUAGUCCCGUCCAUCAAUUCCGCCUCACAAUCUGCAUCUUUCACCAUGGCGCUUCCAACUUCAGUUGCAGUUCUUCCCAUCCCAAAACACUGCUCCCAAUAAGCACGUGGCAUUUACGAUGGAGUUGAAGUUGAAGUUGACGUCCAUGUCCAUGCGACGGCUGAACGUGAGGAAUUCUACAAGGAGGUUCAGGUAGAGUACUCUGAUUUUCAUCCUGAUCUUCCCUUUGAGUUCGAGUUCUUGCCUGUGGAGAAACCCAAACUUUUGGUUGAAAAGGAGAGCAUGCAGAAGGAAAAGCAGAUUUUGGUGGAUCCUAUUUCCUUGAAAGGAUCAUCGUUUAAAAAGGCGAGCUUUAAUAUGAUGUUGCGUCCGCCACCUCUACCACCUGCAAAAUCCAAGUUCUUAAGUUUCAGCCUCCCAAACUCAGCCAACUCCUCUCCUCGAUCCAGCUCGAUUUUGAAGAAGAAAUUAAGGAAUGAAAACAAAGAAAAUCCGCGAAAAGUUAGUAAUCUGGCCCGCCAGCACUCUGCAGCGGACAAUCAUCUGACGCUGCAAAGAGAGGUGAACUUAAGACGGAGCAAAUCCUGCGCGGACAGAAGAACACACGCCCAAUCAGAAGAUUUGGACUUUUGGCUUACAAAACCAGAUGUUUCUGAAUAUGAUAACAGGUACUACGCCAGCAUUUCCAAGACUACUGAAUCUAGCAAAUAUAUUAACAAGAAGGUGAGGUGCAUGGGUGCUGGUGAUAAGGAGUUUAAAUGUGGUGCCCUGUGCCUGUUCUUGCCGGGCUUUAGCAAGGUAAAGCCAGUAAGAGCAAGAAAGGUAGAAACAGAGAAUGAAAAUGUGAUAUCCAGGACAGUUUCCUUGGAAAAAUUCGAAUGUGGGUCUUGGGCUUCAUCAGCAGUAACACACGACCCUGAUGAUGACUCCAAGAAUCUCUACUUUGAUCUGCCAUUGGAGUUAAUCCGAGCUAGCGUCAAUGAUGCACAUUCACCAGUUACAGCAGCUUUCAUAUUUGAUAAAGAUCAGAAAGGUAUUCUCAAGAAUAGUUCGACAAGAGCAGCAGCCAAGAAAUCAGAUGAAUCACCGCGCCAUGUUCGUUUUUCUACAUCAUCCCCUAAAUCACACCCAACUUCACCAGCUUCUUGCAUUACACCUCGUUUGCGCAAGGCCAGGGAGGAUUUCAAUGCCUUCUUGGAAGCACAGGGUGCUUGAAAUCUCAUGAAUCAUCAUUAUCUACGCUGUUUGUGCAUACGAGAGUUUCAGCCCCUUUUUUUCGUUAGCGCAUGACUGUAAGAAGUGAAUACAUAGGAGGCCCCGAUUUUCUUUUUCUUUCCUUUGUAGUGUACUUAUAAUUCUGUCCUUGUUGUGGUUACCAAAAGAACAACUAUAUCAAUAGCUGAUCACUUGUAGCCUUGUAGGGAGGCCUCGAGGAAAUAGCA